AUGAGAAUGACCUUAGAUGCUGGCUCGCAUCUGUUACAACAGCGACAAACACGACCGGUGGAAAUUUCCAUAUCCAAACCUGAAGUGGUCUUGCCUAUCCUGGAAGGUCGUAUUGCUGAAAUGUCCGUGACACCUGCAACCUCCACUAGUGGGCAGGUAGGACUACAAGACUUCAAAAUGCUCAAGGUGAUCGGUCGUGGAAGCUACGCGAAGGUAUUCCAAGUCGAGCAUAUCCCAACUCGACGAAUCUAUGCCAUGAAAGUGAUCAAAAAGGAAACUAUUUUGGACGAAGAAGUAAGUCAUUUCUCCCUAUUGUGUGGAUGCAGUCCCUCUACUCCACCGUUUUAA